UGCUCUCGCGCUAGAGGCCGGCUGGGCCCGCCCCGGAAGUGGCGGGGCAGAGACGGGACUAGACUCUGAUUGGCUGCUCCGAACAGCGCUAGCUUGGCGCGAGUUUUGGCAGUCCGGGGUGUCGGGAGCGGUAGGAUGGUGGCUCGGAGAAGCUUGAGAUACCCGGGGUCCCCGGGUGCAAAGCAAUCAAAGAAUGCUCUGGGAAGAACACGUUCUAGGAGACACCGAGCUGUUCAAAAGCACAAGCCAAAGGAUCCAUUUGACUUUUCGGAUAAUUCUGUCUCGAGCAUGAUGGGAGAAACGGGAGAGGAAGAGGAACUGAAUGAAUCCUUCGACCCUCCUCUGCACAGUACUGUUAUCGAUGCCGAAGAGGAGCUGCCCAAAAGGCCGUCUGUCUUUCCAGCCACUCAUGGAAGAGAAGAGGGCAGAAGCUUGAACCUUUCUGAGACUGAAGCAAAGGGAAGCAGUUCUCUAGAGAGCAGCACGAAAAAGCCAAGGAAGCUUGAGCCCAUCAGCGAUGAGUUUGAGAGCUCUGAAGAUGACGUAAGGAGGAAAGCAAGGUCCAUAGUGAGAACACGCACACAGCAGCACCAGGCGGCACCCCCUGUGGAGCUGGCACCGCAGCACCAGGCGGCACCCCCUGUGGAGCUGGCACAGCAGCACCGGGUGGCACCCCCUGUGAAGCCGGCACAGCAGCACCAGGUGGCACCCCCUGUGGAGCCAGCGGAAAACCUUGCGGCCAAGAAGACGAGACCCCAAGGCCCUCAGCCCUCUGCUGUAGUAGAGACUCGAGCAAUACAGAGACCGCCGAAAACUCAGAAGAAAGUGAAGCCGUCUCCUGGCAGAAGGAAGAAAUCAAGAAGCGAAGCCACAGACUCAGAUGCUUCUGAAAGUAUGCACAUUUGGUGUCUAGAAGGAAAGAGACGUGGUGACAUCAUGGAGUUGGAUGUUAUUUUGUCUGUGUUUGAGAAAACCUUCCUGGAGUAUAAACAAAGAGUAGAGUCUGAAAGAUGUUGUCAAGCCAUCAACAAAUUUUAUUUUAAAAUUAAAGGAGAACUCUUCAGAAUGCUUAAAGAAGACCAGGUGCUGAGAGCUGUGAAAAGGAAGAACACCCAGAUGAUUUCCAACAUGGGAAAGAAACGGCAGCGUUUAAUUGAAGUCCAGGAUGAACUGCUUCGAUUAGAACCACAACUGAAACAACUACAGAAAAAAUAUGACGACCUCAAGGAGAGAAAGUCAUCACUUAAGAAUUCCAUACAUUUCUUAUCUAACUUAAAACAGUUGUAUGAAGACUAUUCAGAUGUUCAAAAGAAAGAACCAAAGGAAAAGGAGGAGUAUGACUCAUCUAGCCUUCCAGCUCUGUUGUUUAAAGCCAGAACGGUUCUGGGAGCCAAGAAACACCUGAAAACCAUCAACUAUCAGCUGGAGAAGCUCCUAGAGCAGGAAUGAGAAGCAGGAAUGAGCUGAGUCGGCCUCCUGCUGCCAUCUCUCCUGAAGCUCCGCUCUUGACACUCUUCAAACUUCCGAUCUGAAAAUAAGUGUGGCUUACUCAUCAGAAUUUAUUAUCAUUUUGUCAUUCAAACUAAAUCACGCCAGUUCAACUGUAGCAGUUUCAGAAGCCAUGUAGUUCUGACUGUUACUAAUAAAUUUCAGUCUUGACAUGUUAGUCAUCACUUGGCAUUAGAGUUUGACCCUAUAACAAACUUUUUAAUGAUGUCCGUGCAAGCAUGGAAUAAUUUUGGUUAAUUAGGAGCACUAUUGAAGUAUGUCAAAGUUAAUCUUCAGUAAAACUGGCCCAGGUAAAAAGCAAAUUAUUAGAAAGCUAAGUGAUAAAACGGUUGUUAUAAACAGGUUUAAUAAUAAGUUAAUGUAAUUUGAUUUUUUAUGGUAUUGGGGAUUAGAUGCAGGGCCUUGCACAUGCUUGGUAAGUAGUCUACUCUUGGGCUAUAGCCUCAGCCCUAAUUUAACAUUUAUGUCAUCAAAUCUCAGGCUUCAGGCAAAUUCUAGCCUCAUUAUGUAAAUCCUGCCCACAGUUAGCUACUCUGUAAUGCUUCCAUGAGUUCGUCUGGAAUAUCGUCUAUUGCAUCCUUGUCACCAAGAAGACUCCUAUCUGCAGCAUCAGCGAAUUCAGCAUCUUCUGUGGCUUCUAGGAAGCAGGCAUCGUCUCUGUCAUCCCAGUCAGCGUCGGAAGACUCGCCUGGUGACAGGAUACUGGAUGAUGGGAUUUGAGAAUUCUUGGCCAGUGAGUUGCUGAAUUCAUCUGCUUCAUCCGAAGUGAGCUCCUCCUGUACUUUGGAGGAAAGAGAAGUAGGAUAGAGGAAUAACGAUUAGGCGGGCAGCACCACGCCACUGCACAGCCAAAUACUUGAGUUAAGGUAUGAAGUGAUAACUAGAUUUUCAAAGUCAAGUGGCAUGCUAGGUUCCUGUGUCAAGAACAGUCACCAUGGGGCUGGAGAGAUGGCUCAGUGGUUAAGAGCAUUGGCUGCUCUUCCAGAGGUCCUGAGUUCAAUUCCCAGCACCCAUAUGGCAGCUCACAACUGUCUAACUCCAGUUCCAAGGGAUCUGACACCUUCACACCAAUGCACAUAAAAUAAAGUUAAAUAAUUUUUCUUUUUUUAAAUAAAAAGCAGUCACCAUGGGGAAGGGUAAGUUAGCUCAAAUGAGGUUGCUUUGGUAGUGUAGACAUGCUCGAAACCCCAGGCUGAAACUGCCUGUAGUUCAUGGCAGAUACAUCUCAAUAUCCCCAGAAGGGGUACAGCAAAGGUAGAUGUAAACUCCUAAGAGGAAGAUAGGCUAGCUGGAGACAAGCUGGGAAAUACAUUUCUUUUUUCCUUUUUUGUUUUUUUUUAAAGACAGGGUUUCUCUGUGUAGCCCUGGAUGUCCUGGAACUAAUUUUGUAGAUCAAACUGGCAUCAAACUCACAGAGAUCCGCCUAUUCUGCCUCUUGGGUGCCUUCAGUGUGCUACCAACGCCUGACAAAAAUACAUUUCGAAGUUAACAACAAUCUCUCCCUAGAACCUAUGUGAAAAAGCCAGGCAUGUAAUCCCAGUGCUGGAUCCAAGCCUCCUGAGAAAGUAUUACCAGUAAGAAGCAGUCUCAAAAAAAAAAAAAAGAAAGGGCUCCUGAGGAAAGAUACCCAAAUUUGUCCCUCUGGCCUGUAUGUGUGUGUUCAUGCACACACAGAUGCAUAUAUUAAAAAAAAAGAUGAGGGAGAAGUGGUGGUGUUAACUGUUCACUGGAAAGACUAUUUCUACACUGUUUGCAAAUAAUAAAAAGUGAUGUUCAAAUAA